GGCACAAAGCUGAAGCUCCUGUGGCAGGUGGCCGGUGGCUGGUGGCACGCUGCCGUGGCCUGGCUGACGGUGCGCCAUGGGCGGGAUCAGCUGCCACCACUAUAAAUAGGGCCGGCGGCUCGCCGCCCCAGCAAACCGAAAGCUGAACCUCGGAGCGUGGAGGAGACGGCGUGGUCCAGGGUGGGGCGAGCGGCACCAAGGAGGAGGUGUGGUGUGGGGUGUCCUGUGCUGGGGAGCCCAACGGCAUGUGCUUGAUGCCAGCGCGGCACCUGUAGGGCUCCAGCAGAACCAGGACGUGGAUCACAGCGCUGGGGUGGGACGAUAAGGGCUCCUCAGUAGGCGCUGAACGAUGGCAGGAGCUCAGGUGGGGCUCUCAGGACCCUUCCCGGAGCCCCCGGUUGGGCCAUGCCCCGUCUCUGACUCUGACUCGGACUCUGAGGAUGCGGCCGGGGGCAGCGCAGGACCAGGUGCCGGGGCCCAGAACCCCUCCCAGGUCAUCCACAGCGGCCACUUCAUGGUGUCGUCCCCGCACAGCGACUCACUGCCCCGCCGGCGCCACCACUGUACUGAGCCCAAACCGGCUGAUCCCCGGAGCAUCGACCCGACCCUCACCCGGCUCUUCGAGUGCAUGAGCCUGGAGUACAGUGGGAAGCUGGUGUCUCCAAAGUGGAAGAAUUUCAAGGGGCUGCGGCUGCUUUGCCGGGAUAAAAUUCGUCUCAACAACGCUAUCUGGAGAGCAUGGUACAUCCAGUAUGUGGAGCGGAGGAAGAACCCUGUGUGCGGCUUCAUCACCCCACUGGAGGGGUCGGAGGCUGAUGAGCACCGAAAACCAGAGGCUGUUGUGCUGGAGGGCAACUACUGGAAACGCCGCAUCGAGGUAGUGAUGAGGGAGUACCACAAGUGGAGGAUCUACUACAAGAAGCGGCUCCGAAAGUCCACCCGGGAGGGAGAGCUCUCCAGCCCAAAGCAGGAUGAGGAUGUCUGGAGGCCAACAGAGAAAUGGUGCAACCAGCUCUUCUGCAAUGUGGUGCCCAUGCUGCUUGGGGAUGAGGAAGAGGAGCCGGGGGGCAGGCAGCACUUCGACUUGGACACCUUCCUCUCAGACAUCUCUGACACCCUCUUCACCAUGACACAGACGCCCAGCACCCACCAGGCGCUCCCUGAGGAUGCGUAUGUUGGGAAUGCUGACAUGAUACACCCGGACUUGGCACCCCUGCAGCCCAGCCUGGAUGAUAUGGAGAUCUCAGAUAUUUUCAGCGGCCACCGACCACCGCCACCGCAGACACAACCAGGCUACCAGGAGCCACCCUGCUUCGUGCCCAUGGCCGAGCCCCUGUUCAGCAGUGGGGGGUCCCUGAUGGGCACGCGGGGGCUGCCCGCCAGCCCCGAGGCCCCGCUCCCACCUGGCACCCUCCUCCAGGUGAGCGGGACCCCGGCCUGCGGCCCGCGGCUGCCGGUGCCCCAGCCACCCCCCCUGACCCUCCCGUGUCUCCCGCAGCCCGGCGGUGCCUGCCAGCUCAGCCUCCACGGCGCCUUCCUGGCCCCCGAGCUCCCCCCGGCCCCCCUGCCCCCCGAGCACCCUGCCGCGGCCCCUGGCAGCCUCAGCUCCCAGCUCCGACACAAGCCCCUGCUGCAGUACGGCCUCCCGGGCAAGUGCCUCGGCCUGGAGCCGCCGGGACCCCCCUACACGCCCCCCGGCCCAUCCCCUGGUGCGCCGCUGCUGGGCCCAGACCCCCCGUUCUCUCCUGCCUCAGCCCCCCGCUCCAAGUUCCCCUAUGUCGGCUCGCCUGGCGCCUCGCUCCUUGCCCACCCCACCUCCCCUCUCUCGGUGCCCUGCUUCGCCCCCCAUGCCCCGGAGCUGGGCUACGCUGUGGGCAUGGUGCCCUCGGGGUACCCUGGCCCAGCCGCCCCCCAGCUACUGCCCCCCGCCCUCCUGGGCGACCCCAGGUUUGCCCCCCCCAAGGGGCUGCCCCAGAGUGGGGGUGGGCAGCCGAAGGCGAAGCCCUGCGGCACCAAGGCGAAGAGGCUGCCAGGACCCCCUGCGCCGCCCCACCUGGCUGUGCCCAACCCCUGCCUGAGCCAGCUGCUGACCACAGCCAAGCAGGAGCCAGCCCUGGAUGCCCCAGGCCUGAUGGGCACAGGACUCAUACCCACGUCCCCUGUCUCCCCGCAGAGCACUGUCCCCAACGUCCCUGCCGCCUUCCUAUCCAGAAUGGCCCAGCUGAGCCCAGGGCUGGCUCCUGGCUCCAGCCCUUCCCAAGCGGUGCCGGUGCCAGGCACCCAGCCAGGCCCACUGCUGGUCCCCAAGGCAGAGCGGCUGUCACCCACCUCGGCUUGCGGCAGCGACUGGCCCAAGCCCGGCCAGGCUUCCCCAGGACCUGCUGUGGGGCUGGGUGCUGGCAUCUCCCUGCACCACCCCGUGUCCCGGCGGGGCAGGCCUGAAUCCAGCAAGAUGGAGAGCCGCCGCAUCACGCACAUCUCCGCCGAACAGAAGAGACGCUUCAACAUCAAGCUGGGCUUCGACACGCUGCACAGCCUGGUGAGCACGCUGAGCGCCCAGCCCAGCAUCAAGGUCAGCAAGGCCACCACCUUGCAGAAGACAGCCGAGUACAUCUGCAAGCUGCAGCAGGAGCGGGCAGCCCUGCAGGACGAGGCACAGCGGCUGCGGGAGCAGAUCGAGGAGCUCAAUGGCUCCAUCAACCUGUGCCAGGAGCAGCUGCCCGCCACGGGUGUGCCCAUCACACACCAGCGCUUCGACCAGAUGCGCAGCAUGUUCAACGAGUAUGUCCGCUCCUCCACACUGCAGAACUGGAAGUUCUGGAUCUUCAGUAUCAUCAUCCGGCCCCUCUUCGAGUCUUUCAAUGGCAUGGUCUCCACGGCCAGCAUGGAGAGCCUCACCCAGACGUCUCUCGCCUGGCUGGACCAACACUGCUCCCUCCCAGCGCUUCGACCGACCGUCCUGAGCUCCCUCCGGCAGCUGAGCAUUUCCACCUCCAUCCUGAGCGACCCGGCCUGCAUCCCGGAGCAGGCGACGCGGGCAGUGGCAGGGAUGGCAGGGAUGGGCCAUGGCGGCGGCUCCUCCUAGCUGCCCCCCAAGGGGCUUUCCCAGCCUUGCUAGGACCCUCGGUGCUGCCAGACGAACGCCCACCAACGCCAGCGAGGAGCCCCCAGCGGGGCUGCGGGGCCACCACGGCCAGGCUGCUGGAGCACGGGGCAGCGCUGGCUGGCAGCAGCCUGGGGCCGUGGGGGUCCCUCUCCCAUGGGCACCGGCUCGGGGGGUCCCUGCUGCGGCAGGGGUGGGGGCCGCUGCCGGCCCCCUGGUCCUGCACCCCAGGGCCUGCCAGGCCCCCGAGCGGCUGGCGCAAGGUGGAGCCCUGGCACCCUCGGCCAGGAGGCCUGGCCACGGGGAGCACCUGGCGGGGCCCAGCCCUGCUGCCUGAUAAAGGACUCGCUCUGCCCACGGGCCCAGCCUGGUUCUUCCUGCCCCGGGUCUGCUCUGGGGCAGGGCUGGGGAGCAGGACCGGGAGGGAUGGGCAGGAAUGGGCAGGAGCGGGC